AAUUCAACUUCGUUUCGUACAAACUUGUUUAUUAACAUGUAUACUAAAGUGUUGAUUCUCGUUCUUUUAGGCAGUACUCUGAUACUGGCCAAACCAACGGCAGAUGUUGAGGUCGAAGCCGAUACCGAGUCCAGCAGCUGGUGGAGCCGAGCAGCCAGCAAGGUAAUGAACUGGUGGAGCUCAGGCAAAAAUGCCGUUGAGAAGACUUUGCAGAAGAUCAAGGAGCAAGGUCAUUAUGCAGGCGAGCUCGCCGAGGACGGUUACCUAUACCUGAAGGACAAAGGUAUCGAACUAGCCAAGAAGAGCGCCGCUGCUCUGGAGGAGGAAAAGCAGAAAUGGGAACAGAAAAUCCAGCAGGUGAAGCAGUCUACCAAGGAGACGGCCGAUACCGUCGAGUACAAGGUGAAGCAGCUACAGGAACAGGCCAAGAAGGCUAUUGAAGAGAAGGUACGAGAGGCCAAGAAAACGUGGAACCAAUGGAAGCAGGAGGCUAGAGAGGCAUACGAGAAGGAACAACAGAAGCAGCUGUGAGCUGAUGAGCGAAAUAUUGACUAUGUUGAAAGAUGAGAUCUUUUUAAUGAAUCGCUUUGUAAUUGUUUUUUAAAUAAAUUUAAUACAUUUUGAUGAA